AUGUCGGCAAACGAUGUGGUGAUCAGCGGUAUGUCCGGUCGGUUCCCGCUGUCGGACACCACCGACCAGUUGGCCCGCAAUCUGUAUGACGGCGUCGAUAUGGUUACCGAAGACGACACCCGAUGGCCGACAGGGCUAUACGGCAUGAAUUCCCGUUUUGGCAAGAUCAUGGAGUUCAAUAAGUUUGAUACAAGCUUUUUUGGUUUACCCGAUCAAAUGGUUAUGGAGAUGGAGCCACAGGCGCGCAUGGUAUUGGAAGUAGCCUACGAGGCCAUUGUUGACUCAGGCACAAACCCGCAGGACCUGCGUGGCAGCAAUACUGGCGUUUACGUGGGUCACGUGUCGAUACCCGGCAGCGAGGGCUACCCGGAUGCCGUCCAACCGGACUCGGCCACCUCAAUGACCCGGAUCGGUUACAAAACAUUUGGCAACGUUAAGUGCCUCCUAGCGAACCGCAUAUCGUUUGCGCUCGACUUGCACGGGCCGUCCAUGACGGUGGACACCGCCUGCUCGUCAGCCUCCAGUGCCAUCAUAAUGGCCUUAAACGACUUGAUACUUGGCAAAGUGGACAGCGCCGUAGUAUGCGGCUCGCACAUGGUGUUUGAGCCGUACGUACUGCACCUGCAACAGGAGCUGGGUAUGUGCUCCCGGCGCGGCGUGUGCUCGGCCCUGGACGUGGACGCCGACGGCUACGUGAAGGGCGAGGCCGUGUGCGCGGUGUAUAUGCAGCGCCGACACCGCGCCCGUCGCGUAUACGCCCACCUCAUCACCGCCCGCAUGAGCAACGACGGCCACAAGCGGGAGGGUAUGUACUAUCCGUCCAGCGAGGCCCAGGAGAGGCUAAUGGUCGACACGUACACCGAGGCCAACGUCGAUCCCGCGGCGCUCACCUAUUUCGAGACGCACGGCGCCGGCACCAAG